AUGCCGACGGUCGCCGUGAAACUCUACAGCGUUUUCUUCAAGUUUCUGUUAAAACACCGUUUACAAAACCGUAUCCUAACUCCAAUCGAAGAAUCCGACCCGUUUGGUAUAACUUCCCGACCCGACGAAUCUAUAGCUUCGCCGAAUCCUUCUUUCACCGACGGCGUCGCCACCAAGGAUAUCCACAUCGAUUCGAAUCUUUCUCUUUCGGUUCGGAUUUUUCUCCCUGAAUCCGCAUUGUUAAAUCCCGAACCUAAUUCCAAACCUAAACGAAAGUCCGAACCUAAGGGACGUGAAACGACGUCGUCGCCGAGGGUUAAUACAAGGAGGAACAGUUACGGUACGAUUGGCGCUGUCGUGAAGGAGGAGGUCAGAAGGAAUAGUGUCGGCGGUGAUGCGGAGGGUUUGAAUGGUGGUGGAUAUGGUGGUUAUUCGCCGACGAUUGAUGAUCGGAAGAGGAAGUUACCGGUGAUGGUGCAGUUUCAUGGAGGUGGUUGGGUGAGUGGGAGUAAUGAUUCGGCGGCGAAUGAUUAUUUUUGUAGGAGGAUUGCGAAGCUUUGUGAUGCGAUGGUUGUUGCGGUUGGUUAUCGGCUUGCGCCGGAGAGUCGAUAUCCGGCGGCUUUUGAGGAUGGAUUUAAGGUUUUGAGUUGGUUGGGGAAACAAGCGAAUUUGGCGGAGUGUAGUAAGUCGUUGGGGAUUAAGAAAUUGGAUGGUGGUCAUAGGCAUAUUGUUGAUUCUUUUGGUGCUUCUAUGGUUGAACCUUGGUUGGCUGCACAUGGAAAUCUAUCAAGGUGUGUGCUUAUUGGUGUGAGUUGUGGAGCAAAUAUUGCAAACUAUGUAGCUCAAAAAGCUGUAGAAACAGGCAAACUUCUGGACCCUGUCAAAGUGGUGGCACAGAUCCUGAUGUAUCCAUUUUUUGUUGGAAGUGUUCCCACACAUUCUGAAAUAAAAUUGGCAAACUCUUAUUUUUACGACAAAGCUAUGUGUAUGCUGGCAUGGAAGCUAUUCCUACCCGAGAAAGAAUUUAGCCUAGACCAUCCAGCCGCCAAUCCCCUAGUCCUAGGCCAUGGUCCUCCUCUAAAGCAGAUGCCUCCAACAUUAACAGUAGUGGCGGAACAUGACUGGAUGAGAGACCGUGCCAUAGCUUACUCAGAGGAGCUUAGGAAGGUGAAUGUUGAUGCACCUGUUCUUGAAUAUAAAGAUGCAGUUCAUGAAUUUGCUACACUAGACGUACUUCUCAGAAGCCCUCAGGCUCAGGUUUGUGCUGAAGACAUUGCCAUCUGGGUCAAGAAGUACAUUUCACUUCGAGGGCAUGAGUUCUCAUAUUGA